AUAAAUUAUAACACGUGUGAGCCUGGGCGACGAACACAAAUCCCUAAUUUUUGCGAUUACGGAAGAUUUUAAAAUCGAGAUCCCCAAUUUCCUCCUUUCUCUACCCUAGGGUUUUUAGUUCCUACACUUUCCCAAUUAAUCGAUCUCCAGCCAUGGAUGCCCAACAGCUCUCUCUUCUGUCUUCGGAUGCCAAUCCCAAACUUCCGAGCGACGAAUCCGCACCUGGAUCCGACUCUGGCUCCCCAACGAGCGAAACUGGGCUUGAAUCGGAGCCAAAGAAGCAAAAGCUCGAGGAAGCCGGUGGAGGCGGCGACGACGAGGAGGUCGCCGAUGGUGAUGGUAGCGAAAAUGAUGAAGAGGAGGACGAUGAGGAUGUGCAAAUUAUAUACGUCGAAGAGGAAGACGACGGCACCGUCCGCGAAGAGUUCGUUCAGGCGCCGUCGAAGCCCAAAAUCUGGUAUCCUAAAGACAAGGAAGGACAGAAGAUAUAUGAGCGCUAUUUUGAGAUCGUCAAGGAAAGCGAGGGAUUUGAUGUUGGCGAACUUCCUCCGGUAGACGUCUUUGAACGAGGGGUUGUGCCAGUGAAUUGGGGAUCUGAAUUUCAGAGCAACAAUGUCGAGAACUGUGUGAUUCAUGUGAUUAGGGAAUACAAUGAAGAAAACAAAGGGGUUUCGGAGCUGCGACCUGAUGAGAUUGAGAAGGCCAAUUUGAGUUCUUGUGGUGGUGAGAACUACUACAUCACCUUCGACGCUACUGACCUGCUGUCGUCCGAUCCUAAUCUUGCGAGGAAAACCUAUCAAGCUGAGGUUUAUCGGAACAUCGAAGGUGGCGUACUAUCGACCACACUGUUCCGCGUGAAAGGCGAGAAACAGUUCAUUAAAGUGAAGGAGGACCGCCCAAUCACCUAUAUCUGAUGCUUUGGGGAGGCUCAAAGGGUUUGAAUGGGUGCAGUGGCUGAGGAGAGUCCUGAGUUGUUCUCAACUAAGGCAAUCGUUAUGAGUUUGAGACCCGUAUUGCAUAGUGGUACUGGAACUUAACUAUAGAGUAGGUUAUCUCUAGAUCUCUGGUUAAGUUAACAAUGGGUGUGUUUAUUUGGGUAUUGGAUUUCUUCAACGCACCAAGGGCGAUAACUAUCGUCAAACAUAGCAGGAGAGAUGGGUUAUUGAUGAGGGCAAUACCGGAACAAAGCAAAGUUAUGAGGGACCUAGUUGGAACAAAUAAUUAGGUAGAUAAUCCCUGUUUAUAAUUUUAGUUUUCUUAGCUUUUUGGUAGAGAUUAGUAAUUGGAGGAAGUCAUUACCAUUAGUGAUGGCAAUAGGCGGGGUGGGUGCGUCAAUAACCAUGUAUAUAUUUGCUCCGUGGAUGUUCAUUCUUAUAUGUUACUUGAAAAAAGAACGUCGGUAUCUAACUCUUUAUUAAAAAUAGGUAAACUAAG